AUGUCGGAAAAGCAGGCGCACCAAGCCACAGAAGGCCAUGUUUCUGGCCAGGCAAACGAACCCAUGACGGCGCCGGCGCAUGCUCUGUCUGCCGCACAGGUUGUGGAAGAACUCCAGACAGACCCCACCGCCGGCUUGACUAUCGAGGAAGCUUCUCUGCGCCUUUCAAAAUAUGGCGUCAACGACUUUGAGAAGGAAAAGGGUGUUCGUCCACUCCAGAUAUUUAUCGCCCAGAUUGUCAACUCCAUGGUCAUGGUUCUUCUUCUCGCUCUCGCAGCCAGUUUUGCUAUUCAAGCUUGGAUCGAAGGCGGUGUACUUGCCGCCCUGAUUCUUAUCAACGUUGUCAUUGGUUUCUUUCAGGACUUGCAGGCCGCCAGAACCAUCGCGUCAUUGCAAUCUCUCAACUCGCCAACGGCCAACGUCAUCCGGGGCGGAGCAAGCACCACGGUGGAGAAGGCGACUCUCGUUCCCGGCGAUAUCAUUGAACUGAAGACGGGCGACAUGGUCCCCGCUGACGUUCGCCUCAUUGACACCGUCAACCUCGAAGCCGACGAGGCACUCCUUACUGGCGAAUCCGUUCCCGCGCGCAAAGAUCCCAAGGCCACCUUCGACGGCGAAGACACCGGACCCGGCGAUCGCCUGAACGUCGCCUUCAGCUCGACUACCAUUACACAAAGGCCGCGGACGUGCUGUCGUGGCGGCGGCAAGCGCAAACCCAAGAAGGACGCCGAUGGCAACGUUAGCCUUGCCGCCCAUGUCAUGUACGCCUUUGGCUGCCUCUGGGACUGGUGCGGCGCUUUCCUCGGCUUGACUGUCGGCACACCCCUGCAGCGCAAGCUUUCCCGCCUAUUUCUGUACAUUUUCAUGUUCGCCAUCGUCUGCGCCCUCAUCGUUCUUGGGGCCAACGGCAUGGAGGGGCGACGCGAUGUCAUUAUAUAUGCUGUCGCGACAGCCAUUGGCACACUUCCCGUCACACUCAUCCUCGUCCUCACCAUCACCAUGGCUGCGGGAACCAAGGUCAUGGUGGAGCGGAACGUUCUUGUGCGCAACAUGCGCUCCCUGGAAGCUCUGGGUGGCGUCACCAAUAUUUGUUCUGAUAAGACUGGCACUUUGACUCAGGGCAAGAUGGUCGUCAGAAUGGCGUGGCUUCCCAGCCUUGGUACCUACUCUGUGGGCAUGAGCAACGAACCGUACAACCCCGAGGUCGGCGGCGUAAGCUUCACGGUCGCUGAGCCCAAGGACAUUCCCGCCGAAGAUACCGAGAGUGCAAAAGUCAUGCCCGUCGAUGAGGCCGCUGCCCACUCGGCCCUUCGCCACUACCUCGAUGUCGCCUCGCUUGCCAACCUUGCCACCGUCCAAAAGGUCGACUCUGAAGAUGCGCCCGGCACGCAAGUGUGGAAAGCAUCCGGUGACCCCACGGAGAUUGCGAUCCAAGUCCUUGCCACGCGCUUCGGACGCACAAGCCCGCUGUUGGCCAGCUCCUCGGAGUGGAAGCAGCUUGCUGAGUUCCCCUUUGAUUCUGCCAUCAAGAAAAUGUCUGUUCUCUUCCAAAAUGAGGUCACUGGGGUGGUCCACGCGUUCACCAAAGGCGCUGUCGAGCGCGUUAUCGACAGCUGCACUUCCCUCUCUGCCACGAGCGACGGCACGACUCCCAUGACGCCUACCAUCAAGGCUGACAUCCUGGCCAACAUGGAGGCGCUUGCACGCCGCGGCCUGCGUGUCCUCGCAUUGGCCAGCAAGUUCCCGGUCCGCGCUGUCACCGAAAAGGAGGCUUCGUCAGGCAAUCUGAAGCGUGACGAGUUUGAAGACGACCUUAUUUUCCGUGGUCUUGUCGGAAUCUACGAUCCCCCUCGUCCGGAAUCCCGACCCAGCGUCUUCAAGUGCCACCAGGCUGGUAUUGGCGUCCACAUGCUGACUGGCGACCACCCCGAGACUGCACGUGCCAUCGCCGGUGAAGUCGGUAUCCUUCCGUCGCGGAUGCAUCUUCUGCGGAGGGACAUUGCUGAGGGCAUGGUUAUGACAGCACACGACUUUGACCAGUUAACGGACGAACAAGUCGAUCAACUGCCCGAGCUGCCACUCGUCGUCGCGCGAUGCGCGCCGUCUACCAAGGUUAGGAUGAUCGAUGCUCUUCAUCGCCGCGGCCGCUACGUUGCCAUGACGGGCGACGGCGUCAACGACAGCCCCAGUCUGCACCGUGCAGAUGUGGGCAUCGCCAUGGGAGAAGGUGGCUCCGACGUCGCCAAGUCUGCCUCCGACAUUGUUCUCAGCGACGACAACUUUGCAAGCAUCCUCAACGCCGUAGAAGAGGGACGCCGGAUCUUCGAUAACGUCCAGAAGUUCAUGUUGCACGUUCUGGCCGCCAACGUCGGCUUCGUCACGACCCUGCUCAUCGGUCUCGCCUACAAGGAUCAGGACGGUGUCUCCAUCUUCCAGCUGACGCCCGUUGAGAUCCUGUUCAUGCUCCUCGUCGCUGGUGCUUUUACUGAGACUGGCCUGGGCUUCGAGUCGGCCUCUCCCGACAUUCUCAACCGCCCGCCGCAGAGUCUCAAAUACGGUGUCUUCACGCCCGAGUUCCUCGCUGACAUUGCUGCCUAUGGCGUGCUCAUGGCCAUCUGCAUCCUCAGCUCCUUUGUCAUUGUCAUCUUUGGCUUCUACGGCGGUAACCUCGGACGCGACUGCAACCUCGAGUGGUCCGAGCAGUGCAAUGAUGUUUUCCGUGCCCGCUCGACCUGCUACACGGCCAUGAUGUGGAUCUUCCUCUUCUUCGCCUGGGAGCUCGUCGACUCGCGCCGCUCCUUCUUCGACGGCAUGGUCAGCGACACGCGCCGCUGGGCGCAGCGCCUAUGGCGCAACAAGUUCCUCUUCUGGUCCGUCGUUCUCGGCACCAUUAGCGUGUUCCCGACGCUGUACAUUCCCGUCAUCGACCACGUCGUCUUUCUGCACGACGGCAUCGACAAGGAGUGGGGCAUCGCCAUCGCCAUGACGGCUCUGUUCUUCGCGGGCGCCGAGGCGUGGAAGUGGGCCAAGAGGGUGUACCUCCGCAGGCACAACCUCAUGGUCCGCAAGGACGCGGGGGCCACGGAGGAGGACCUCGAGGCGAGGGUGUUUGAGAGGUUCUACCAGGGGCAGAGCGACGGGAGCUUCAGCGAGAAGUAG